AUGAGCCUCAGCGAUCUUCCAUUGACGGUCCCGCUUGUGCUGUCUGACAGCGACCGAAUCCCUCGCAGCAUCCCUCGAGACCGGACAUAUGUCACGACCGACGCGUACAUCCGAGAUUUGUUAGUCUACCAUGACAUGAAGCUAAGGUACCAGCCUAAUGCAGCAAUAUCUGGAAAUGUUGAAGCGACACAUACGGAUCAGAACUCUCCACUUCCACCUGGAUUUUUAACCACCGUCACGAAUGAAAACCUCAACAAACACACGCACUGGUUCCGGGCCAGUCUCAAUUAUCCCCGGGUCACGGAUAACCUGUUCAUGGAUCACCUCCAGCCUCGACUCGCGCCGUCACAGGUGGAAGGAAAUGAAUGUACACAGUUCCAGGAGAUAUUGGCUUCCUACUGGACUAUGGAAAUGUCGUUGUUCAUCGACCAAAAAUUUCUCGACCGCAAAGCAUACCUCAAGGACCUGAGGGCCCAAGAUGAGGAUCAAGGUCGUUAA